UGUGUGUGUGAGAAUCGGAGCAUGCAUAAAAGCAGCUCUGCUUGUUGGCGGGUGUCCAGAACUCAAAUGUCAGCAGCCCAGCCGCAAAACUAGAGAACGGCGCUCGACGUUAGCACAGAAAAUAGUAAAAGUGCUGCAGCUUUGUGAAGCGCUACUGAUAAGGAAGAUCGGAUUCAAUUGGACGUAAUGAACGGGUCAAAUCUGAGUUUGUUGCUCGCCUUCGCCUUCGCCUUUGCGCUGUGGCUGCCUUAUGGAAGUGCCGAUGAUAAUAGCUGCUCUGCAUCCGUGCUGCAGGCGCAACGCUUCUUUGAACAAGAGAACUCAAAGUUGCGGGAACGCUACCAUGCAGAGUACUCAGCCGCCUAUACGUACAACACGAACGUUACCGAAGAGAAUCGCCGCGCCAUGAUAGUGGUGUACGCGGAGAGUGCGAGCCAGAACAAACUGUUGGCGCAGGCUGUUCGAGCGGGUGAUUAUGCCAAAUCCGCGGACGCAAAUAUACGACGGCAGGCGCGAAUGCUGCAGGAUCUGGGUGCGGAUGCACUCGACCCUAGCGACUAUCUCGAACUGAAGAAUGCCAUUAGCUCCAUGCAGUCCAACUAUGCUACCACCAGUGUUUGCUCCUACACGAAUCGGACCGACUGCUCGCUGACCCUGGAGCCGCACAUACAGGAGCGUCUGGCGAACAGUCGUGAUCCCGCCGAGUUGGCAUGGUAUUGGCGCGAAUGGUACGACAAGGCUGGCACGCCUAUGCGCGGAAACUUUGAAAAGUAUGUUCGCCUUACACGCAAGGCAGCCCAUCUGAACGACUAUCGCUCCUAUGCCGAUUACUGGGUACACUUCUAUGAAGAUGCGGACUUUGAGAGACAGCUAGAUGCCACCUACAAAGCCCUUCUGCCCUUCUACAGACAGAUACACGGUUACGUUAGGUACCGCCUACGCCAGCAUUACGGACCUGAGGUGGUGCCUGCUGAGGGCAAUAUACCCAUGCAUCUGUUGGGCAAUAUGUGGGCGCAAUCGUGGAACGAUGUCAUUGAUUUAUUCACACCGUAUCCGGAAAAGCCAUUUGUGGACGUCAAGCUGGAAAUGGAGCGACAAGAAUACAGCGUUCGGAAACUGUUUGAACUAGGUGAUCAGUUUUUCCAAUCGCUGGGUAUGCGUGCUCUGCCGGCAAGCUUCUGGAACUUGAGUGUGCUGGAACGACCCACAGAUCGGGAAGUCGUCUGCCAUGCGUCCGCGUGGGACUUUUAUCAGGACAGCGAUGUACGCAUCAAGAUGUGCACCGAGCUAAACACACAUUAUCUGUACGUUGUGCAUCACGAGCUGGGUCACAUUCAAUACUAUUUGCAGUAUGAGCAACAGCCUGCCGUUUUUCGAGGUGCGCCCAAUCCGGGCUUUCACGAGGCUGUCGGCGAUGUCAUAGCGCUAUCGGCCAUGUCCGCCAAGCACCUAAAGAGCCUUAAUCUCACCCGCAGCGGACGCCUAGACGAGAAGAGCCGCAUUAAUGAGCUAUUUAAGCAAGCUCUGUCUAAGAUUGUCUUCCUGCCUUUUGGCUAUACCAUGGACAAGUAUCGCUAUGCUGUGUUUCGCGGCGAACUCGAUGAAUCUCAAUGGAACUGCGCCUUCUGGCAGAUGCGCUCCGAGUUUGGUGGCCUUGAACCGCCCUUAACUCGCAGCAAUAGUGACUUUGAUCCGCCCGCAAAGUAUCAUAUUGAUGCCGAUGUCGAAUACUUGCGCUAUUUUGCGGCGCACAUAUUCCAAUUUCAGUUCCAUAGGGCUUUGUGUCGCCUAGCUGGACAAUAUGCGCCUGGCGACAGUCAACAGACUCUCGACAACUGCGAUAUAUUUGGCAGCAAAAAGGCGGGCCAAGCAUUUAAAACAUUCUUGUCAGCUGGCAAUUCAAAACAUUGGAAAAUUGUUUUGGAAGAGUUUACUGGAGAGACUGAAAUGGACCCGGCUGCACUACUCGAAUACUUUGAUCCGCUUUAUCAAUGGCUCAAGCAGGAGAACAGCCGCCUGGGCGUGCCCUUAGGCUGGGGAAAUACUAAUAAAAUUCCAUCGAGUUGCUGUGGACUGUUCAGUACUUAAAACACAUAUUUCUUUUUUUAGAGCCAAUGUAUGUUCUUUCCUUGUAUAUAUAUAUAUAUAUAUAUUUUGUACGAA